AUGGUCUGUGCCCACAAGUCAGAAAAAAAUUUUCCAGCAUCGUGGGGUGAAGGGAAAGAAGAGUUUAUUGAGAUAAGAGACAUUGCUAGCACACUUCUUACCACAUCUUCUCACAAGAUUUUCAGAAUCAAGCAAUUCCUGGUCAAGAAGCAAAAGCAAAAUCAUUCCAUUCCCCAAAGGAUUAGAAUGAAAACUGGUAAUAAAAUCAGGUACACCUCCAGUAGAAGACAUCGGAGAAGAACCAAGUCUGGUCUAUGA